AUGUCUAUACUUUUUGAGACAGAUUAACCUUUCUGGAGAAAAGUUGACCAAAAUAUUAAACUAAAUGAAUUUACUUAAGAAGAGUUUUUACAUUAUUCAAAAAAGCAUAAAGAAUAUAGGAGAUAGAAUUUUGCUAAGAAGGAUGCAAUUAUACUGAAAUUCGGAAAAGAGGAAGAUGAUAUAAUGUGUUGUAAUGUGAGUAACUUUAGGUUGGAAAUUAGCAAUCAUCAGAAAUUAGGAGCUGGACUCAAGUUAAUCUCUAAAACUAAUUGUUUUGAAGUUUUCGGUUCCAUUGAACAAUGGCAUCAAGACCUUAAAAAAUAUUGCAUUCAAAACAAUCUUAAAACCAAAUAUACAAUUGGGAAAAAACUAGGAAAUGGGAGCUUUGCAGAUGUGCAUCUUCUUAUUCACAAAGAGAGCAAGCAAGAGUUUGCUGUCAAAAUAUAUGACAAGGCCUCUACCAAAUUUGAUUUAACUUGCGUAAAGUAGGAAUUAGAUAUUUUACGACAAAUGGAUCAUCCAUUCACAAGUCAAAUCAUAGAAGCAUAUGAAUCAUCAAAAUACUUAUAUUUAAUCUAAGAGUUUUACAAGUAUGGGAGUCUUUAUGAGUAUCUCCUAAGAAAUGAAAUUCCAGAAGAAGAUGCCAUUAAAACUACGCAUAAAUUGCUAGAAGCUUUGGUUAGUGUUCAUUCAAAAGGAGUGCUGCAUAGAGACAUUAAACCAGAGAACAUUUUACUUCGCAAACCCAAUCUUGAAGAUAUCGUAAUCUCAGACUUUGGGUUGGCUGUCUAUUACAAUGAACAUGGGAAGUACAAUCAUCAAAGAGCUGGUACUCCUGGCAAUAUUGCUCCAGAAAUUCUGAAAGAUUAGAAUUACGAUUAUAAAGUUGAUGUGUAUGGCUUAGGGAUUGUACUCUAUUAAAUGUUGACCUCUCUGCAUUCCCCUUUCUACAAUCAAAAUUACCAAAAGAUGUUGUCUCAAAAUCAAGAAGGCUUUAUAGAUUAUUCAUAAAUGAAAUGCUCAUCUCAAACUAUCGAUCUACUUACUAAAAUGCUCGAUCCUGAUCCCUUGACAAGAUACACAGCAAUACAGGCUAAGCUAGAUUAAGUAUUUAAGAAAUAUAAUCGACAAACCAUUAUAAUAAAGAGAAAGAAAAUAGUCUAGGAUAAAACUACAUCUAGUUUUAGUCCAAGAAGUGAUUCCAUCAUUUUCAGUCCAUCCCCAAAAUAAACGCCUCCAUUAAUCGUAUCAAGUCCUAAAAACAGUUCUCAAUUCAGUAAGAGAAUAUUAGGUCUCCAAUUAAGAUCAAAACCUGAUGAAAGAAGACAGUUUUUUUCUCCGAAUUCUUUUAUCAAUUGCGGUACUCCCAAAAAUUCGAGUAGGCAACAAUAAAAAACAUCAACUCACUAAACUAGAAAGAGUAUUUAUUAAGGGCUUAUUUCUUAAAAAGCAGCAUUUUGA